AUUGCUUCCCUCAGCCUCACUACAAAAAAAAUCACUACCAUGAACUCUUGUUCCUUAAACCAUCUCUUCAUUUGCACUGUCCUAAUCUUUCUCCUGUGUUUAAAUCCAACCACAGCUGCCAGGUGUCAUCCUGAUGACGAGGCAGGUCUUUUAGCCUUUAAAUCAGGUAUAACCAAAGACCCUUCGGGUAUUCUAAAAACCUGGAAGAAAGGUACUGAUUGCUGCUCUUGGGACGGCGUCAGUUGCCCUAACGGCAACCGCGUCGUCGUACUCACUAUCAACAUAGAGUCUAAUGAUGCCGAAAUCUUUCUCUCGGGCACUAUCUCCCCAUCACUGGCCAAACUCCAGCAUUUGGAAGGGCUCGUCUUUAUUAAUCUCAAAAACAUCACUGGACCAUUUCCCUCAUUUCUAUUCCGAUUACCACAUCUAAAGUACGUUUACCUCGAGAAUACACGUCUCUCUGGUCCUCUUCCGGCCAACAUCGGCGCGCUAAACCGAUUAGAUACGUUAACCGUUAAAGGAAACCGGUUCAGCGGUUCGAUUCCGAGCUCCAUAUCGAAUUUAACUCGGAUAAAUUACCUCAAUCUCGGCGGUAAUCUCUUAACCGGAACAAUACCGUUAGGGAUUGCUAAUCUCAAGGUCAUGUCGAAUCUGAAUCUUGACGGAAACCGUCUCUCUGGAACCAUACCGGAUAUUUUCAAAUCCAUGACUAAGCUCCGAAUCCUCACUCUCUCCCGCAAUAGAUUCUCCGGGAAGCUCCCUCCGUCGAUCGCAUCGCUCGCGCCAGUUCUUGCGUUCCUCGAGCUAGGUCAGAACAAUCUCUCGGGGUCGAUACCAAACUAUUUAUCAAGAUUCAUGAAGCUCGACACACUGGAUCUCUCCAAGAACCGGUUCUCCGGAGCCGUGCCAAAGAGUUUGGCCAAGCUGACUAAAAUUGCUAAUAUCAAUCUCUCUCACAAUCUUCUAACUGAUCCAUUUCCUGUUUUGAACGUAAAGAAUUACAUUUUGACUCUAGAUCUGUCGUACAACAAGUUUCACAUGGAAACAAUCCCGGAAUGGGUGACCUCAGCGACGAUCCUCACCUCUUUGAAGCUGGCUAAAUGUGGAAUCAAGAUGAACUUAGAUGAUUGGAAAACAAGGCAAACUGAUCUCUACGUUUCCAUUGAUCUUUCGGACAACGAGAUCUCAGGGAGUCCGGUGAGGUUCUUGAAGGAAGAAGGGUACCUACGGGAGUUUCAAAUGUCGGGGAACAAACUCCGAUUCGAUUUGAGGAAGCUGAGUUUCUCGAAUACGCUCGAGACGCUUGAUCUGUCAAGGAACUUAGUUUUCGGGAAAGUGCCGGCGAGGGUGGCUAGAUUGAAGACACUAAACUUGAGUCAAAACCAUCUUUGUGGGAAACUUCCGGCGACCAAGUUUCCAGAAAGUGUGUUUGCCGGCAACGACUGUCUCUGCGGCUCUCCACUUGGUCAUUGUAAAGGUUAAUGGAUUCAUUCAUCGUGCGUCAUGUUAUAUUGUUUUUGAAUAUCUUGUGUCAAAAGUAAUCUUCUUCUUUUUUCUUUGUUUACUUUUCAUUUUAUGUUUGCUUUAUUUACUCAUCAUAUACUUUAUAAACAUUUUAUCUCGUA